AUGUUGGUGAAGAAGCUCACAGGAAAAGGAGGGGGACGAGAGCCCGGAUUAGAAGAUCCGCGCUCCUUGGGACAGCGUUGUGCCGGCACCAUGGCUUCGUGCGCGGCCCUGGCGACCCUCUUGUCAGUGGUUGCGGUGGUGUUUUGCUUGUACCUUGGGGUGAAAACCAACGACCUCCAGGCGAGGAUUGCCGCUCUUGAAUCUGCCAAAGGAACCCCUUCCUUUCGUCCGCUGCCUGACAUCAUGGAUGAGCUGAAGGCUAUGGUUCAGGAGAAAGUGGAGCGUCUCUUGGCUCAGAAAUCCUAUGAACACAUGGCUAUAAGGAUCGCCAGAGAAGCACCUUCAGAGUGCAACUGCCCAGCAGGUCCUCCAGGGAAACGAGGGAAGAGAGGCCGAAGAGGAGAGUCUGGUCCUCCUGGUCAGCCCGGUCCCCAGGGCCCCCCUGGUCCAAAAGGCGAUAAGGGAGAACAAGGCGAUCAGGGGCCUCGGAUGGUGUUUCCUAAGAUCAAUCAUGGCUUUCUCUCUGCUGAUCAGCAGCUCAUUAAACGGCGGCUGAUUAAGGGUGACCAAGGACAAGCAGGGCCUCCAGGACCCCCAGGCCCUCCGGGUCCAAGAGGCCCACCUGGGGACACAGGAAAGGAUGGCCCCCGAGGGAUGCCAGGAGUACCCGGUGAACCAGGGAAACCAGGAGAACAAGGCUUGAUGGGACCUCUGGGGCCUCCAGGACAAAAGGGUUCACCUGGAGCACCUGGAACCCCGGGCAUGAAUGGGCAGAAGGGUGAGCCUGGAUCACCUGGAGAAGCAGGGCAGAGUGGACUCCCAGGACCAAAGGGGGAACCUGGAAAAGAAGGAGAAAAGGGAGAUGCUGGAGAAAAUGGCCCCAAAGGUGACGCAGGAGAAAAGGGUGACCCAGGAUCAUCGGCUGCAGGAAUUAAGGGAGAACCUGGAGAAUCUGGUCGUCCAGGACAAAAGGGUGAGCCAGGGCUGCCUGGACUACCUGGACUCCCGGGGAUCAAGGGAGAACCAGGCUUCAUUGGUCCUCAAGGAGAGCCAGGCUUACCAGGGUUACCAGGAACAAAAGGUGAACGUGGAGAGGCAGGGCCUCCUGGAAGAGGUGAACGAGGAGACCCGGGAGCCCCAGGACCAAAGGGGAAACAAGGUGAAUCAGGAGCUAGAGGCCCAAAGGGGUCAAAGGGUGAUCAUGGAGACAAAGGAGACUCUGGAGCUCUGGGACCCCGGGGUCCACCUGGGCAAAAGGGAGAUCCAGGAGCUACUGAGAUCAUAGACUACAAUGGCAACCUCCACGAGGCCUUACAGAGGAUUACCACCUUAACUGUCACGGGCCCCCCUGGACCUCCUGGACCUCAAGGACUACAAGGGCCAAAGGGUGAGCAAGGAUCUCCAGGAAUUCCCGGAGUUGAUGGAGAACAGGGUCUCAAAGGCGCCAAGGGAGAUGUGGGGGACCCAGGGAUGCCAGGUGAAAAAGGAGGAAUUGGACUUCCUGGAUUGCCGGGUGCCAAUGGAGUAAAAGGAGAGAAAGGAGACUCUGGGUUGCCGGGGCCGCAGGGUCCUUCUAUCAUAGGCCCACCAGGCCCGCCAGGUCCCCAUGGCCCACCUGGCCCCAUGGGACCCCACGGACUUCCUGGACCAAAGGGAGCAUCUGGCUUAGACGGAAAGCCAGGAUCCCGGGGUGCAGAUGGUCCCAUAGGACCCCAUGGCCCUGCAGGUCCCAAAGGAGAAAGAGGAGAGAAGGGAGCUGUGGGAGAACCUGGACCCAGAGGACCCUAUGGGCUGCCUGGUAAAAAUGGAGAGCCUGGUCUUGAUGGCUUCCCUGGUCCUCGAGGCGAGAAGGGUGACCUGGGAGAAAAGGGAGAAAAGGGAUUCCGUGGCGUUAAGGGGGAAAAGGGGGAGCCAGGCCAGCCUGGCCUGGAUGGGCUGGAUGCCCCUUGCCAAUUGGGACCUGAUGGAUUACCCAUGCCUGGCUGCUGGCAAAAGGUAGGUAGGCCUUAA